AGGAUAAGACACCACCAGGACUUCUAAUGGCAACUACAGAAGGAUAAGACACCACCAGGACUUCUAAUGGCAACUACAGAAGGAUAAGACACCACCAGGACUAAAUGUAUAUAUUUUUGUCAUUUAGCAGAUACUCUUAUCCAGAGCAACUUACAGGAACAAUUACGGUUAAGUGUCUUGCUCAAGGGCACAUCAGUAGAUUUUUCAGCUAGUCGGCCUGGGGAUUUGAACCAACAACAUUUUGAUUACUAGCCCAACGCUCUAAACGCUAGGCUAUCUGCUGCACCAGGACCUCAUAUAGCAACAACAGAGGGACCAAGGCCCAUAUCCACAAAGCAUCUCAGAGUAGGUAUGCUGAUCUACGAUCAGCCCUCCCUGUUAUUCAAGGCACAACUGGUCUUAGAACAGCACUUCUACUCUGAGACACUUUGUGGACACUUCUACUCUGAGACGCUUUGUGGACACUUCUACUCUGAGACGCUUUGUGGACACUUCUACUCUGAGACGCUUUGUGGACACUUCUACUCUGAGACACUUUGUGGACACUCCUACUCUGAGACACUUUGUGGACACUCCUACUCUGAGACACUUUGUGGACACAUCUACUCUGAGACGCUUUGUGGACACUUCUACUCUGAGACACUUUAUGGAUACAGGCCCCAGAUCAGUCACAACUAUCAACUCACACAGCAGAUAGAAAACUAGGACAAAGGGCCCUGUUGAGAAAGGCACACGGUAGCAAUUUUCUUUGCAACAGAUAACAUAAUCUGCGUUCUUAUUGGUUCAGGUGGUCUUUUCUGAUACUUUUCCACCUACUGAAUAUGACCCAGGAGUUUUUAGGGACAAGACACAUCACAGAGCAGCCACUUUCAUCUCCUUUGAGCCAGUCAUGCUUCAAAUAAUGAUGGCAUGUCAGUCCCCACUGACUGACAAAUUGUCCUCUUUAAAUGUUGUCAUAGCCUUAUGUCAAGAGUGUGUAAAAGUGUUCCUGAUUCAUUUAGGGAGUGUCUCUUUCUCUUUACAAAUAUGUUGGGAAAGGGGUUCUAUUGUAGAAUGAGUCAAACGCAGCAGGUUAGAAAACUCUUUCAUGUGGUAACCUGACAGGGACAGAUUAAACACAGUGUGUGUGUGUCUGUGUGUGUCUGUGUGUGUGUGUGUAUGCAUGUGUGUGCGUGUGUGUGUGUGUCUCUCUCCCUAAGUGAUUAAGUUUAUCAGUGUACCAACCCUUUAUUCCCUCUAGUCCCUGGGAGGCCUCUGCACACAGUGAUUAAACACAGUGUGUGUGUGUGUGUGUCUGUGUGUGUGUGUUCCUGUUCUGCUCCCUGGCAGGCCUCGCCACACAGUGAUUCAGCUGUCUAUCAAACAGAGUCGAUGGAGACAUUUUGAAAUGGAGAAAUAGAGCAACCGACAGGAACGUGGUCUCCAGGAACGUGGUCUCCAGGAACGUGGUCUCCAGAACAUGGUCUCCAGGAACGUGGUCUCCAGGAACGUGGUCUCCAGGAACGUGGUCUCCAGGAACGUGGUCUCCAGGAACGUGGUCUCCAGGAACAUGGUCUCCAGGAACGUUGUCUCCAGGAACGUGGUCUCCAGGAACGUGGUCUCCAGGAACGUGGUCUCCAGGAACGUGGUCUCCAGGAACGUGGUCUCCAGGAACGUGGUCUCCAGGAACGUGGUCUCCAGGAACGUUGUCUCCAGGAACGUGGUCUCCAGGAACGUGGUCUCCAGGAACGUGGUCUCCAGGAACGUGGUCUCCAGGAACGUGGUCUCCAGGAACGUGGUCUCCAGGAACGUGGUCUCCAGGAACGUGGUCUCCAGGAACGUGGUCUCCAGGAACGUGGUCUCUACACUGGAUGACAUACUUCCAACAUACAGACCGCCCUCGGCUGCUACAGACCGCCCUCGGCUGCUACAGACCGCCCUCGGCUGCUACAGACCGCCCUCGGCUGCUACAGACCGCCAUCGGCAGCUACAGACCGCCCUUGGCUUCUGCAGACCGCCCUCGGCUGCUACAGACCGCCCUCGGCAUCUGCAGACCGCCCUCGGCUGCUACAGACCGCCCUUGGCUUAUGUAGACCGCCCUCGGCUGCUACAGACCGCCCUCGGCUGCUACAGACCGCCCUCGGCUGCUACAGAUCGCUCUCGGCUGCUACAGACCGCCCUCGGCUGCUACAGACCGCUCUCGGCUGCUACAGACCGCCCUCGGCUGCUACAGACCGCUCUCGGCUGCUACAGACCGCCCUCGGCUGCUACAGACCGCCCUCGGCUGCUACAGACCGCCCUCGGCUGCUACAGACCGCCCUCGGCUGCUACAGACCGCCCUCGGCUGCUACAGACCGCCCUCGGCAUCGGGAGACGCUCUUAACUCUCUUUCUGAUGUCCUGCACAAGUUAAAUGACUCUGAAUUCAUUAUUUUAGAUUUGAACUGGUACAUACUAACAUCUGUAUCAGGACUCUUUUAAAGAACUGUGUGACUCUCUGAAUCUCGCUCAAUUAAUUAAUGCGCCUACAAGACCGAAUCCCAGAGCACCUAACAAAUCAACGCUAUUGGACAUGAUUCUAAUGAAUACCCCUCAAAUACAUAUCGACUGGGAUAUUCUGUAAUGAUGUCAGUGAUCACUGUGCAAUUACUUGUGUUAGAAAUACAAACAUGACCAAAGCCAAACCCCGUUAGAUAAAAAAAAAAAUUUUUUUAAAACAUUUAAAAACCAUUUUAAACAGUUUGAUGAGCAAGUGUUCUUUCAUGAUCUGUACCAUAAUAUUGACAGGGUAAGUCUGAUUCCCCAUGUUGACACUGCCCGGGACUAUUUGUGUAUGAAAUGUGUGAUAAGCAUGCCCCUGUGGAGAAAAUUAGAAUCAGCGGAAGGGACAAUCCCUGGUUUUCAGAUAACUUGGCAGAAUGAAUUAGAAAAAUAAAUAUCUAUUGGGCUCAAGCUAGACAUACAAAUACUGACUGGGCCUCAUUCAGAGAGCUAAGAAACAAAUGCACAGGAUUGAUCAGGAAGUCCAAAUCAGAUUACUAUUUAAAUGCAGUCACAGAGAACCUAAACAACCCUGCCAAGUUCUGGAAGCUUUUCAGAUCAGUGUUGAUAUAGGCCCUUAUGUGAACCAUUUUAACUUGAGCCCAUUUCUUAUACUGAUGUCUUUAAAGCACCAAAAGGCAAUAGACACUAAAAAGUCUGCAGGUCCAGACAACCUGGGCCCCGACCUCUUAAAGAUAGCAGCUGGUAUUAUCACUGAACUUGUGGCUCACAUUUUCAACUUAAGUCUCUUGACCAAUUCCCUAACCAGCAUUUGGGAAUCAGCUUAUGUCCUCCCACUGCUAAAGGGUGGCGAUCCCUCAGAGGCGAAUAACUAUCAUCCUGUCUCCAAACUCCCUCUCCUGGCCAAAGUCUAUGAAUCCCUAGUGAGCUCACAGUUAAAACACGUGUUAAUUGAUAAGAACAUACUGAGCGGGGUUCAGUCUGGCUUUAGAUCAGGACACAGCAACACAACUGCAGCUAUGGCAGUGGAAAAUUACAUCAUUUAAUGCACUUGGUAAAAAGCAACAUGGUGCUGUUCUGUUUGUGGAUUUAUCAAAGGCCUUUGAUUCAGUUGACCAUGAAUUGUUGCGAGCUCGACUCAGAAACAUUGGUCUCAGUGAAGGGGCAGUAAAUUGGUUUAGGAACUAUCUUUCUGACAGAGCAUCACGACCUUUACCAGAGCUAGAACUCUAGUCUACAAUCCAUGCAUCCUCUAGAUAUGUUAGUGCCACUGAAUGAAUUUGAAAUAUUGAUGGGAGACUCUGUUACGGAGGAGUGUAAAUGCUUUUUAUAGGCAGGAUCAUAUUGUUGUAUUGUUCUAUGUUUUGAUUCUGUAAUGUAUUGAUUGUUGCUGCCUUCUUGGCCAGGUCUCCCUUGAAAAAGAGACUCUGGGUCUCAAUGGGCUUUUCCUGGUUAAAUAAAGGUUAAAUAAAAAUAA